GCAGAAACUAGAAAGUUGAGUGUCAAUGGCGUCUCUCUAUUGCUCUCUCUCAGACGGAGCAGCGGCGUCAGCAAUGUUAGCGUUGUUGUUGGUGUUGGAAGAUUUCUGUCGUCAGGAGGAGCAGGUGCUGUGAAUACUGAGUUUGUCCAAGAUUCUGAGGGAAGUGACGACCUCAAGAGCAGAGUGUUGAGGCUCAGGCAGCCCAAGCGAAGCACCACCAACGUCCUUCAGAGAUGGGUCUCCGAAGGCAACCAAAUUUCCAUCAAGGACCUCCGCCAGAUCUCUAAAGACCUCAGCAAGUCUCACCGUUACAAGCACGCCCUCGAGAUAUCCGAGUGGAUGGUCAGCCAUAAUGAUUUGGAGUUAUCGGAUUCUGACUAUGCAGUCCGCAUUGUCUUGAUGACCAAAGUUUUUGGCAUCGAUGCAGCAGAGCGCUACUUUGAAGGUCUACCUCUUACUGCAAAAACAAAUGAGACAUAUACUGCUCUCCUCCACUCUUAUGCUAGGGAAAAUUUGACGGAAAAGGCUGAGAACCUCUAUGAGAGAAUAAAAGGAUCUAACCUGUCCCUGAGUGCCCUUACAUACAAUGAGAUUAUGACUCUGUACAUGUCAGUGGGGCAAGUUGAGAAGGUCUCUGUAGUUGUGGAAGAUCUGAAACGGCACAAGGUUGAACCGGAUAUCUUUACAUACAAUCUUUGGAUUAGUUCAUGUGCUGCAACUCUAAAGAUUGAUCAGCUUCGACAGAUUUUAGUUGAAAUGAGACAUGAUCCUGGUUUUGGUGAAGGCUGGGAGAGAUAUAUUAACCUGACAAAUAUAUAUGUUAGCGUUGGGCAUCUUGUGAAUGCAGAGUCCAACACUCUAGUAGUUGAAGCUGAGAAAGGAAUCACACAAAAAGAAUGGAUUACAUAUGACUUUCUCAUUAUUCUUCAUGCUGGUUUAGGAAAUAAGGAAAGGAUUGAUCAGAUAUGGAAAUCCUUGAUAAUGACUGGACAAAAGAUGACAAGUAGAAACUAUAUUUGCAUUCUUUCUUCAUAUCUAAUGCUUGGGCAGUUAAAAGAAGUCGGAGAAGUUAUUGAUCGGUGGAAGCAAUCAACUACUACAGAGUUUUCUAUUACUGCCUGCAGUAGGGUUUUGCACGCUUUCACAGACAUUGGGUUGACUGAAAAGGCCCACAACUUCAAGACAAUUCUGAUUCAAAAGAAUUGUGAUCCUUCAAAUUCGUUAGAGUAUAACUGAAAAUCAGUUUUGGUGGAGGUAAUGGAACAUAUAUGUGACAAUUUUAUGAUGUCUGGAUUGUUUUGAAGAGGGAAUAAUUUAGAGUUCUUACAGGCUUCCAUAUAUCAAAUGACUGAAUAAUACGCCAGCAUUCAGUGGGUUAAUAUUUCUGCUGUGUUGUUUCUAGGUUUAAGUCUCAAGUACUGUCUUAUGGAAAAUUAAGGUCUGUUUAUCCUUCCCAUCAUUUGUUCCAUUGCAAGUGCAGUGUACUCCGAGAUCAUCAUACAUCAUUGCAAGUCAGGUAACUCAAGGAUGAAAAAAAGAUGUCGUUACAAAAGUGACAACAUGGAGUCGAAGCAAAAAGAGACUGCAUGCUGUGUAUGUUGUAAAACUGAGAAAAUUUGAAGCAUGUGUGAUCGCAUCGUUUGUAAGUUGUAACCAUAUUUGUUUGGCAGCUGAUGUUUACUUUGACAACAUCUUUUGUAAGUCACUCUACACCCGGGAACUCAAGACUCGUUCAACUUUGGUGAGAUUUAUGUCUAUUCUGUCAGAGGUGUUAAGUUACCUCACA